CAGAACAAGCUGAAAUCCUCUCAGAAGGAUAAAGUUCACCAGUUCAUGAUCUUUACCCAGUCAAACGAGAAAAUGGCAUUGAAUUGUUUGCCUCAAAAUGAUUGGAAACUAGAUGUUGUUACAGACAUCUUUUUCCAAAAUCCUGACCUAUAUGUACAGAAUUUAAAGGGAACGUUAGACCGGAAAAAGUUAGAACAGCUCUACAAAUGGUACAGAGACCCUCAAGAUGAUAACAAGAUCGGUAUAGAUGGGAUCCAACAGUUCUGUGAUGACCUGUCACUUGAUCCUGCCAGUAUAAGUGUACUACUAAUCGCUUGGAAGUUUCGGGCUGCAACACAUUGCGAGUUCACCAAACAAGAAUUCAUAGAGGGAAUGGCUGAGCAAGGGUGUGACAGUAUAGAGAAACUCAAAGCACAACUGCCCAGGAUGGAGCAAGUGUUAAAAAACCAAAGGAGAUUUAAAGACUUCUAUCAGUUCUCGUUCAGCUUUGCUAAGAAUCCAGGACAAAAGGGCUUAGACCUAGAAAUGGCAAUUGCAUACUGGAAUUUAAUAUUAGCUGGGCAUUUUAAAUUUCUAGAUCUAUGGAACAAAUUUUUAUUGGAGCAUCAUAAGCGAUCCAUUCCCGAAGACACAGGGAACCUUUUGUUAGAUUUCAGCACGAUGAUCACAGACGAUAUGUCAAACUAUGAUGAGGAGGGUGCAUGGCCAGUUCUUACUGAUGACUUUGUGGAGUUUGCGCGGCCGUAUAUUGGCACCAAGAGUACAGCUGUAUAA